AUGAUAAUUAAAAGAUUUGCUUCACAAUUCGCUGGUGUUCGAGAUGCUGCAAAAUAUAUACCACGACGUUCACUUCUUUAUGUUCCAGCAAGCAAUCAGAAAAUGCUUGAUAAAAUUCCGCAAAUGAUAUCAGAUUCUGUGGUUUUGGAAUUGGAAGAUGGUGUAGCUCUAACAGCAAAAGCAGAUGCGAGAAAGAAUGCAACGCAAGCUCUCAACAAACUUCCAUUCCAUACAUUAUCUUGUCAGGAACUCGGACUUCGUGUAAAUUCAGUGAGCAGUGGAUUGUUAGAAGACGAUAUUAAAGAAGUUUCGAAAGCUGAAAAACUUCCACAAGCAUUUAUGGUUCCAAAAGUCGAUUCUCCUGAAGAUCUUGCCUCAAUCUACAGUAUUUUCAAGCAAUAUUAUGGAGAAGAUCGAAUUACGAACACUUCAACAAGAUUUGUUAUCUGGAUAGAAUCAGCUCGUGCACUUCUCGACAUGCCAAGAAUUGUCUCAUCAGCUCUGAAUUUACACAGACAAUCUGGAUUUUUCAAAUUAGAUGCAGUUGUUUUUGGAUCAGAUGAUUAUUGUGCAGAUAUUGGAGCAACACGAACAUCACAUGGAACGGAAACAUUAUUUGCUAGACAAAAAUUUGUGGCAGUUUGUAAAGCUUUUCAAUUGCAAGCCAUUGAUAGCGUUUAUAUUGAUAUCAAAGAUUUGGGUGGUUUGAAACGACAAUGUGAUGAAGGUUAGUUUUAUAUUUUGAAAAUCAAUUGGGCGAGUCAAAUAAAAAAUAAUACUCACUUACUUUGAUAACAUUUGGAGCUUAUAAAUUUCUGAAAUACUUGCGUUUAAUUCCGAUUUUUUAUAAUAUUUUUUUAAAAAUUAAAUGUAUUUGUUUUCAGGAAAAAACAUUUUCAAAUUCAUUUUUUCGCAGGUCGACUUUGGGGUUUCACUGGAAAACAAGUGAUUCAUCCAAGUCAAGUUCCAACAGUUCACGAGCAAUUUUUGCCGCCAACUGAUAGAAUUCAAUGGGCGCAGGAAUUGGUGCAUGCUUAUUCGGAACAUGAAUCUCUUGGAAAAGGCGCUUUCCAGUUUCGCGGACAAAUGAUUGAUCGCCCAUUACUUUUACAAGCUCUCAAUAUAAUUCAGUUAGUUGAACGAGUUACAGCUCCAAAUCAAGGAUCCUUGUGAGUUUUGCUCAUUUCUAAUGUUAUAUUUUGUAGAAAUAGACUGCCAUAUAUAUUUUUAAUAAAACGUGUACUUUAUUUAUCAUUUUCUAUUUUUUUUUUAAUUUCAUUUAUUUAAAAAUAUUCAAAUCGCAGAUCGAUAUAAAGUACGAACUAUAGGUUUUCUGGGCCAUAAUUUAUUGAGAUAAUCUGGAUGUUGCAAAAUCAUAAACACAGUCGCUGGAAUUGGAGUGGAAAUAAAAAUAGAAUGACUAAUUAUAGUUGCCAGCCAAUGAAGUAUUUCGAACUCAACAAUUUGAGGAAAGAAAAAGUCUAGAACCCAUAAAAGUGGAUAGACUCCAAUUGUUAUAAUUUUGAUUGUUGCUUGGAUAACUGAAUCGAACAAUACUUUUUUUCUGAUAAUUCUUCUGCAUUUUACUCAUUUGAGAUUGUUGAGAUCGAACAGUUUGGAAGAUUUUGAAAAAUAGGAAAAUAUAAUUCUGAAAAAUAAUCGUGAUGACUGUAUUCAAACACAGUAAGUAAUUUUCUACUCUAAAUCUUAAGGCCUCAAACUUCUAAACGAUUUCUGGUGGAUCAAAAAUACUUCUAUCAAAAUCUCGUUUUUCGCUUUUAUUUGAUCGAUUUUAAUGCCACCCCUAAGAUCAUGUCAGCUCUCAAAAAAAUUCCGGAAAAUUUUAGGGUAAUAAAUUCUAUUCGGUGAUAAAAUAAUCUUACAAAAAUCACAGAAAAUAAAACGACAGAAGCAAUGCAAACUGAUAUCAUAAAAAUCAGUGGACUUGUGACUAUGAAAAUUCCCGGCAAAUACAUAACAUUCAAAUAAUUCGGAUAAUUCUGAAUCAUAAAUUUUUCAACAUUUCCAUUUGUCGAUACAACAAAUAUUGCCAAAACCAUAAAUGAUGCACAAAAUGAAGAAAUUAAAGCGAAAUAACAUUUAUAAUUUGAUUUUUUCUCGAUAUAAUAAGUUUCAGCAAUUUUCAGACGAAUAAUAAGGGAAUUAAAGAGUGAAACUACAAAUAUUAAAAAUAAUAUGUACCAAAUCGAAGCCAUUUCAACAGUUGAAACAUAAUUGUUCAAUAGUCCGAAUGAAAUAAAUGCUGGAAAUGGAAGUAAUUCGAUGGAACAUUGAAAAGUUCCCCAAAAUGAUUGACAUAAAAAAACAAAUAAUUGUGAAAUAAUCACAUUCUUUCUAUAUGAUUUAUCUUCUUUUUUCGAAUAAAAAAUCAACAUAUGAAAUCCAAAACUAUUCACAAUUAUUGAUAAAAAAACAAUAAAUAUUGAAGAUUCGACAAGAUAUUUCACUUCAAUAUGUUCGAGUCGAUAAAUUGAAACAUUCAUUGAUAAAUUAUUCGAACGUCUAUACAAACAAUAAUGUUUUUUCGAAGAUUUCCAGGAAAAAUGUUCAAAGUUUUUGAAUGUCACUAACUUCAGCUGCUUUUUGAAGUUUUGAUUUCAAGAAUGAUCUAUUAAUUGUUGUUUUUUGUUUCUUCGAUAAUAACAUGGUUUUCAGAAAACCCUAAUUAACAGUUUGGGUGGUGUUUUUAAUCUAUGGAAUCCCACAUCAAACGUGUUCUGUUGUAAAUGUUUCAGAACAGAUAGAAAUAUCAAAAAUGAGUACUUUAAAAACAAACGGGAAGUGAUGUAACAAGGUUUCAGCUGCUACAAAAUUCCAAAUUUGAUUCGGUGUGAAAUGUUUGAAUUCUAAUUUCAUUUAUCGAUUAAUUCAUAAAUUUUUAAUAAUUGAUUUCAUGAAAAUGUUUUAUAAGAAAUGAGAAAACAAAAUCAAUUAAAAAAAAAUAAAAACGUGUUCCACUUUUUUCAAAAAACCCACUGAAUACCCUUUUUCAAAAAUCUUGUCAUUUCUUAUCCAAGUUCAAAACCAAACCGAUUUCUCAUAUUUUUCUAUCAAAAAUAAAACGAAAAUGUCUUCUAUUAGAGCGAUUGAAACAGAAUUGCCUAAAUUGGAUAUCGAUGAAUUGAUUAUCAAAGUUUUGUCAGUUGGAAAACCUGAAAAAUCGUUGACAAGAACUAUUAAAGAGCAAGACUUGAUUGCACUUUGCACAUUGGCCAGGUAAAGUUUGAAAGUAAAGAGAAAACUAACCAUAUGAAACGGUACUGUACCCUUGAAGUGUUACUGUAUUUUUCUCUGGAGUUUUAAUAUGCUCAAUCAAUUUUACGGUUAGAAUUCAUUAGAGAAAGUUUAAAGGUCCCGUAACGUCGCAAGAUUCAGUGAUCUUAAACACUUCUCUAUGCUUUUUUAUGUUGAUUGAAGUCGAACAAAAAUUUUUUCUGAUUCACCAUGAAAAAAAGGACCAAAAGUAACACAUUAAAAAAUCAGUCUAAAAAUGUUGGGUCCACGGCCGAGAAAACCAAAUGAGAUCGAACAAACGCGCGCUGCUGAUAACCGAAAAAAUAUUUUCUUUUCGCGAAAUUUUUUCUAUUGGUUUUUGGCGUUUUUCGCAGUUAUUUCGAUAGGAAUGAAUGGAAUGAACCUGGAAAUAGAAUGGACAAGGAAAUUUAAUCGAAAAACAAAAAAAGUCUUGAAAAUCGAGCAAAAAUGACAGAAAACAGAGCAAACAACGUUUUUUCAGAUUUGCAACGCAGUUUUUCAAGUUUUUCUUCCUCAAACCUUGAUAUUAUCCAGAUGUACAGUGCUCAUUUUAAAGAGGAGAAAAUUCUCAACAAGAGGUUAUGAGUUUUUGGUUGGAAAUUGUCGAUUUCACAAGGCACAGCUGGUUGAAGAAAUGUUCGAGAUCAAACACACAUUCUCAAAACGUGACGCGAAAUUCUUGUUCUGGCUCGGAUUUGAUGAAUUCUUGGUUUUAUUCAAUGGUUGAUACAUCAUUAGAACCAGAAUUUUAUGGCGAUUCUUCUGAUAUAUGACAAUCAUAGUGAAAGAAUAGAUUUUGAUGAUUUCCACUCGCUUGCGAAAAAUACGAAAAUUUCGAUAAAUUUUUCAUUGAUUUUAGCGAUUUGAGCUUGACUUUUUUCAAUUUUUUCUUUCGAUUUCUCAGAGCAGUAUACUCAAAAGUCAUUUAGAUAUUUUACCAUGAGAUAUCACUCGAUUCAGUAGAAUUAUUCCGAUAAUUCUUUACAAAAUUUUGAAUUUUCUCAAAUUCGCUCGUUUUCUGAUCCGUUCAUACGUUGAACUCAUUUCAUGUUUUCGGAAAAGAAGAAAACUGAAUGAAAUUGAGCAUUUGUGAUGUUUAUUUUCUCAAAUGUUGAAAAAAGUCAAGCUCAAAUCGCUAAAAUCAAUGAAAAAUUUAUCGAAAUUUUCGUAUUUUUCGCAAGCGAGUGGAAAUCAUCAAAAUCUAUUCUUUCACUAUGAUUGUCAUAUAUCAGAAGAAUCGCCAUAAAAUUCUGGUUCUAAUGAUGUAUCAACCAUUGAAUAAAACCAAGAAUUCAUCAAAUCCGAGCCAGAACAAGAAUUUCGCGUCACGUUUUGAGAAUGUGUGUUUGAUCUCGAACAUUUCUUCAACCAGCUGUGCCUUGUGAAAUCGACAAUUUCCAACCAAAAACUCAUAACCUCUUGUUGAGAAUUUUCUCCUCUUUAAAAUGAGCACUGUACAUCUGGAUAAUAUCAAGGUUUGAGGAAGAAAAACUUGAAAAACUGCGUUGCAAAUCUGAAAAAACGUUGUUUGCUCUGUUUUCUGUCAUUUUUGCUCGAUUUUCAAGACUUUUUUUGUUUUUCGAUUAAAUUUCCUUGUCCAUUCUAUUUCCAGGUUCAUUCCAUUCAUUCCUAUCGAAAUAACUGCGAAAAACGCCAAAAACCAAUAGAAAAAAUUUCGCGAAAAGAAAAUAUUUUUUCGGUUAUCAGCAGCGCGCGUUUGUUCGAUCUCAUUUGGUUUUCUCGGCCGUGGACCCAACAUUUUUAGACUGAUUUUUUAAUGUGUUACUUUUGGUCCUUUUUUUUCAUGGUGAAUCAGAAAAAAAUUUUUUUCGACUUCAAUCAACAUAAAAAAGCAUAGAGAAGUGUUUAAGAUCACUGAAUCUUGCGACGUUACGGGACCUUUAAAUAUUAAAUCAAUUCAGUUUGAAAUUCUACACUUUUCAGAACAAUAUUUCUGCAACAAUCAGUUUUCAUUGAAGUCACCGCUCCAAUAAAAAUUUGCGGAGAUGUUCAUGGUCAAUAUUCUGAUGUUCUCCGUCUAUUUUCAAUUACCGGGUUUCCACCACAACACAAUUAUCUUUUCCUUGGUGAUUAUGUUGAUCGCGGACAUCAAAACAUCGAAGUUAUCACCCUGUUUUUCUGCUAUAAAAUAAAAUAUCCGGAGAACUUUUUCUUACUUCGUGGAAAUCAUGAAUGUCCAUCGAUUAAUCGUGUUUAUGGAUUUUUCGAAGAAUGUAAUCGAAGAUAUUCGAGUACAAGAUUAUGGUUGGCAUUUCAAGAAACAUUUUCAGCUAUGCCUUUUAGUGGUUUGGUUUCGGAAAGAAUUUUAUGUAUGCAUGGCGGGCUAUCACCAAAGUUAACAAGUUUGUCGAUGUUGAGAGAUUUAUCAAGAACUAUGGAUCCACCAAGUCCAUCGUUACAUCUUGAUUUACUUUGGAGUGAUCCAGAUAACACGAUCUCUGUAAGCAAAUUUGAAUGAGUUCAUACUCCCAUCAAUCUCAUUUUUUUCUAGGGUUGGGCUCCAAAUCUCCGCGGAGUAUCCUAUGUUUUUGGCCCCUCAAUAGUCAAUAAAAUGUGUGAGCAACUCGACAUUGAUCUAAUCGCCAGAGCUCAUCAAGUUGUCCAAGAUGGUUAUGAAUUUUUCGCGCAGAAAAAGUUGGUCACCAUCUUCUCAGCUCCACAUUAUUGUGGACAAUUUGACAAUUCGGCAGCCGUGAUGAGUGUUGACGAAAAUUUGAUGUGCACUUUCCAAAUUCUUCGAUCGGUCAUUAGAAAACCAAAAUCAGCGCUUUGA